AUGGAUCCUCAACAAUUAGUUCAGGAGUGGAAUUUGAAUCGCGGGCUUAUUUUAUUUGAUAACAGUUUCAUACCAAGCGAUAAAGUUCUUCUUGAUAGUAAUGGGGAGAUUAAUAUCACGGAAUAUUUCGGGGACCCUUUGGUAUACUUUAACGCGGCAAGUGAAAAGUCUUCAACAAAUUCCAUUGCUAAAAAUCCCUGGGAUCUACUCAGGAAAAUUUUCACAUUUCCUUCGAAUUCAGAAGGUUAUCACGAAGUCAGGUCUCAUCUUUCUUCACAUAGUAAAGAUAUCAUUGUUCUAUUCCCAAUAGCCGAAAUUACAUACGAAGCAUCAAUUGAGAGAUCAGCAGAAGAAUACAUUAAUUUUGAAAAAAAUUUAUCUGACGUGGAUAUUAGUCAAUACGGUCAAUUCAUAGCAACGAAACUUCUUGUUGGCGGGAAAUUUGUGGUUAGAAAUUAUUUUGAUAUGACUAACUCGCAAAGAAAUUUAUUGAGAUCGCACAUUAUAUGGGCCUUAGAGGCUGUGCGAAUAUCGAAAGAGAAUAUCUUUCAAAAUGCUUCGAUAGAGAAACUUUCUAAAAUUGAAUACGAAGAUCAAAAAAUUUUUAGAAACCCUAUAGAGUUGAAAAAUUGGAUGAGAAAAAUAUAUGAUGAUACAGAAGUUGAAUUAAUUGCUUAUGAAGAAGUAGUACAAGUUCCUUAUCUGACGAACUAUGAUUUAGCUCAAAAAUUUUCUGAACGUUUAAUUCCUGGAAUUAAUUUUAGUCAAAAAGAGAUCACAUUAAAUGAAUGGGUUAGUGAUGUUGCUUCUAUCAACUUGGUUACAUGGUCCGAAAAAUUUAAUUUACGUUGUGGGAUGAAGAUUGUCUCUAACAAAAUUAUUUCAAGCGAAGAUGUAGCCACAAAUUUCAAAUCCGAACCAAAAGUAUCUUUAAAGAAUAAUAUUUAUAUACAAGCGGUUCAAUCGAGUACCGAUGUGGACGAAUUUUUAUUGAAUAACAAUAUACUCUGCUCGUUUGAAAAUAUUUAUCCCAUUCCGUUUUACGAUUACUUCAUUGAUGAGGUAACCUCAAAAAAAGUAUUUGCACGUGAGAAAGAAAAAUUUAUGAAUUAUAUAAUUAGAAUAGAGAAGAUUGAGUUGUCUCUAGAUGUAAAUUCUAUAGAACAAACGACAGAUUUCAGGAAUGCCAUCCGUGAUGCGCUCAAACAAAUUAAACCAUAUCUAGCCUUGCGGAAAGUUUUUGAAAAGUAUGGUUAUUUGUGGCCUGCAAAGAUAGUUUUGGGAAAAACAAUAAGAAAACGCUGCACAAAAACAUCAAAUUCCAAUCCUUCGGAAUGCAUAUUAUUAUGUAGAGAUCAAUUGCUGGAAAAUAAGAUUGAAGAGUUGGUAUCAAAGUAUAGCCCUUAUUUAUCAAAAAAGGAGUUAGACGGCAUUAAUUUUUUAGACUCGCACGGUUAUUCUGUUUGCAAAAAUGAAUUGAACAUUUGGAUAAAAGAUCAUGUGAAUUUUUGUGACUAUUAUAUAAUUGGUUAUGACGAAUUUAUCCCAAUGUAUAAAAUUCUGGAUCGCGAACAGCAAAGGGAAAUUGAACUGGUAUUAAAUAACAGAUCUGACUACAGAAUAUUAAUGACCGGAGUAACGGAAUAUAUAAAUAUAAGUGCCAAUGACAGCGAACAUGUGCAAAUAUGUUUCCAAGAACCGCUCAAUAGCAGAGAAUAUGAAGUCUUCGGUCUUGCCGUUGAUGAAAAAGAUAAUAAAAUAGAGGAUUGCAUUGUAAAAUUUGAAUUAUAUGACUAUUACGAAUUUUCAGCUAUAAUAAAAAAUGAUUCAAGUCUUACUAGAAAUAAAAUGUGA